AUGUCUUAUUUAUUUCGAAAGCUAGCACAGACAAAUCCUAAAAACAGAAUCUAUGAUGCACAAAUAUUUGUUAUUUCAUGCCGUAAAUUGAGUAUAGUUCCAUCACUGUAUGAUGGAGAACAAGAUCCGGCACCAAAAUUCUUCUCUUCAAAUGUCCAAGUUAUGCUGAAAAGACUAACUAGACCAGACUAUAACAAAGUGUUUCGUAAAAGGACUAAUCAGGGCUUGACUAUUCUCAAAACACCAUCUUAUAAGUUCCUAACAAAUGAAGAAUUGGAAGUGGAGUUGGCUAAUGCUAAAAAGAAGGCCGAAAAGUUACUUCAAAUGCCUCCUGUAGUUAAGAUUCAAAAACAUAUAGAUGAUGUCCUCUCCAAAGACCCGGCUUUGAUUGGAUAUGAUACAGCCAAAUAUCUAUUUACUGAUAUCACCUUUGGUGUUGCAAAUGAGCACAGAUUUAUCAUAGAAAGGGACCCUGAUGGCAUUCUUCGCAGCUGUGACCAUGAUGUUAGGAAAAGAUUAAACCAGACAUACUUCCCAAUGAACGGUCGAAAACUGAGAGAGCCACUUAUGUUUACAGACCAGGAAAAGCUGUACAGUUUAUUAGAUAGGGAGAAGUAUGAGUUUGUACUUGACCGUGCAUGUGUGCAGUAUGAACCAGAUGAACCUUCUUAUCAGAAGAUCACCAGCAUUACAUACCAGCAUAUUGAUACCCUAAGCAAAUAUGAACUUCUGAGAUCAACUAGACACUUUGGACCUUUAGUCUUUUACCUGACCUGGCAUCAAAGCAUAGACAAUUUAAUAUUGGAGUUACUACAGAACAGUGCAGUUCGGGAUGCAGUGCUGCUCACAGCAUUGAGACAAGAUCUACAUGGUGAUGUAGUUAAUGGAGAAAGUUUACCUUCACUUGUGCAUCAGGUGUUAGCUACUCCAAUUCAACUCGCCAAACCCGAGUGUCUAACUGAGGAAGAUAUUCAGUUAGACAGCAAGUGCCUGGAAUGCAUAGAGAAGUACAUAAAAACUAAUUCUUCUAUGAAGAGUCAGCAAGAACUAGCUCUUCAGGGCUUUAGGGAGAAUUACAAACAACUGAUAGAACUCAGCAGAGGCUUGAAGAAAGCCCACGGCAAAGCGUAA